GACAUUUAUCCCGCUGAAGCCACAUAUCACUAAGAAGACGUGCGAGUAGUAAAUGCAGAAACUCCUUGGAUUAUUCAUCUCUGAAAUGUCUCAAAGUAAUCUUCGCAUACAUCGGCGAACAGCUCUCAAUGGAGAAACGGACUUACAGCGGACGGAGUUAAGCCUAAGUCAACCGGCAUGACAGUGUGUAGGCGGCUUCCCGAUCAACAACAUAUAUAGAGAAGUGUCCUGCCGUGAUUAAUCAAAAACCAAUAACCCUGACUAUAUCUAUUUGUCUAUAAUUACAAGGAGCUUCUUCAUCUUUCCUCCCAACUGCGUACUGCCAUGUCUUCACCACUACCCUACAAUCGCCGGAAUGCGCUUGCCUCAACCAUCGCAGCCGACAACGCAUCCAACAUAGCUGGCAAGAUCGUCUUGACUACUGGCGUAACGCAAGGCGGCCUAGGAGCAACGUUCGUCGAAGAGAUCGCAAAGCACAAACCCGCUCUUCUGAUCCUCGCCGGCCGCUCGCCAUCGAAGGUCCAAGCCACAGCCGACAAGAUCAAAUCCAACCCAGCGAGCGCCAAGGUCGAAGUGCGCAUCUUGAAACUCGAUCUGGCAUCGCAAAAGCAAGUCCGCGAAGCCGCGAAUGAGGUUCUCGCGUAUCCAGAAUCCCACAUCGAUGUCCUCGUCAACUCUGCAGGCAUAAUGAAGGGCCCCUACCGUACUACAGCUGACGGUAUCGAGAACCAAUUCGGAUGCAACCACAUCGGGCAUUUCCUCUUCACGAACCUUCUCAUGCCUAAGAUCCUUGCUGCCAAGGCACCCCGAAUCGUCAACAUAUCCAGUGACGGUCAUCGCUUCAGCAGUGUGCGUUUCGACGAUCCGAAUUUCCAAGAUGGCAAAGUAUAUGAUCAGUGGGAAGCAUAUGGCCAGAGUAAGACGGCAAACAUCUUGUUCUCUUAUGCGUUGGCAAAGAAGCUGGGUUCGAAGGGAUUGAAAGCGUUCAGUCUGCAUCCGGGAGUGACGCUUGGGACAUCUCUUGCUGAAAAGUUCGACGAUGAAGACAUGACGAGUGUCGUGGCCAAGGACAAAGAGAUCGGCUGGACUCGUGAGUUUGACCUGAAGUCGCUCGAUGAAUGCGCGGCUACCCAUGUUGUUGCCGCCUUCGAUACGAGAUUGGACAACUACAACGGUGCGUAUCUUGACAACGCCAACGUGGCGCCGCAAGAGGUGCAGCCGACCGCCACGAACCCGGAAGAUCCAGAGAAGCUGUGGAAACUGAGUGAGAAGCUCGUCGGAGAAGAAUUCGUGUAUUGAGCAAAAGGUUGCUCUGUAGAUAGAUCAAACUAUCUGGGUAUCGUAA